GCAAGAGACAAAGCUGAUGGAACCCAGACCAGAAGUCUGAAGCUUUCUGAGGCAGUAAAUGUUUAGGGUUUGACCAAGCCGGAGAUGCUCCUUCUCCAGCCAGCUAUUCUUGAAGAAUUGUGGAGAGGCUGGGAGCGAUGUUUUGAGCAGUCAUCGGCCAAAAGGCAGGAUACACCCUGGAGAGGUCAAAGGCCAGCUCCAAAACACACUAAGGGGGAGUCAAAAUCAUCAGUCUCUUUAUUAGACAUCUACAAAUCAUGGUUAAAGAACCCAAAAAAGAAAAGGAAAUCAGAAAAAUGCUCGAAAUCAGGAAAAAAGUCUCCCUCUAAAGGCAAGUCUGCCUCACCAGCGAGGAAGAUGGAUAAACCAGCUAAAACCUCAGCUUCACCAAAGAAGUCUGUUUCAGCAAAAAGAAAAAAAAGUGACGAAAAGCCAAGUCAAAGUGUUAAAGCAAAGAAAUCUAAGCCUAACACAACAGAGAACGCCACCAGUGACGGAUCAGACUCUGACAGCAGUCUGGAUUUAGAGAAGUGGAAGAAAUUAUCCCACCAGAUGACAGAGGCCGACUUUGCCAAGAUGGAAGCCAUCAACGAACUGACCUCUGAAUCGCAGCCCAAGAAAAAGAGAAGCCGAAAGCCGCCGGCCAAACCUCUGUCCAAAGCUGACGCUCCCGUCCAGCAAAAUGGUGAGACGAUUGGACAGAAUGAACAGGACGAAGAGAAAGUUGGGACACAAACGCCAACAAAGAAGAAUGCAGCAAAAAGGAGCAAGAAAGAAAGUCCAUCGCCUGUGUCCUCCCCGAGCAAGCAGAGUCCAAAUAAAAGAGUGAAAAGUGUAGAGGACGAGCAGGCUUCGUCCGGACUUCCUGAGAAAUUUGAAAAACAAACACAUUUACAAGAAAUGUUGAUCCCUGUGAAUGCCAACGAGGAAAUGGCAAGUGAAACCAAGAUAAAGAAGAAAAAAAAGAAAGCAAAGGAGGAAAAUGAGGACAAGACAGAGGGGAGUGCAAAUGAGACAAAUAGUGAUGGAAAAGACAAAAAACAAAAAAGGAGAGAAAUCACGGAGCAGGAGGAUGAUGAUGGUCAGACAGAAGGAGAAAAGAGAAUAGCUAAAGAGGGAAAGAUGGAAGAGGGAGGCAGCGACAAUGAGAACUUUUCUGAGUUAAGCGUACAGAAAAAGAAAGCGAAAAAGAAGAAAAAGGACAAAUCCAGCAGCGAGGAAGGCUUGGCUCAAAUAGACGAAAAGAAGAAAACGAUGGUUGUUGGUGAAGAAAAUUUUAAACAACCAGAUAAAAAAAUAAAACCUGGUACACCAAAACCAAAGAAAAAAGAAAAUAACAAUAUGAAGGGUAAUUUAGACCAUAUAAAUGAGGCAGAGGAAGAAAGUGGUGAGCAAAACAUUGAAGAAAUAGAGAAUUCUAAGAAAAUGGUAACAAAAGAGAAAACCAGUAGUGAGAAAUAUUUGGCUGAAAUGCAUAAAAAGAAAGAAAAGAAGAAAAAAGUACUUAACAAUGAAGGGUACUCAGAACUGCUAGAUUUGAAAGCAAAUCCAGAGCAAAUCAUAAGUAUAGAUGAAGCUGGAGGCAACAAGAAAUGCGAGCAAAACGAUCAGGGGAAGAAAGCAAAGAAAAAGAAAGACAAAAGCGUUACGGAGAAAAAUUUAGAGCAUGAAACGAUGGCAGCAGAAGAAAAUGUUGAAGACAAAUACAAUUCAGAGCAAAUGGUUGGGGAAAAGAAAUCAAAGAAGAAGAAAAGAGAGUCUCUUGGCUGCAAAGAAUUCCCAGAGGAAGUAGCUCUAGAAAAGAAAGCAAAAAAGAAGAAUCAGAAGUCUGACGAAAAUGAUUUAGUCGAAGAAGAGAAACCAAAAGAUGACGACGAUCAUACGAACAAUAAAUCUACUUUAGAGACAGACGAGGGGAGUCUGGAAAUCGCAAGUCCUCUGAAAAAAAAGAAAAAGAAAAACAAAUUAAAAUCUGACGAGGCUCCAGAGGAAGCUGACAUUUCUACACAAAAUUCCUCGACAACACAACCUAACUCUGCUGACGUCCACAGAAAGAAAAAGAAAUCCAAGAGGACAGAGUCAUGAAUUGACUCCUUAACCCAGUAGAAGCUCAGAAUGAAGCUACGCAUCAUUUCUAACCAGAACUACAUGGGUUAAAAAGUCAGCAUAAAAAACUUGUAAAUAAAAUGGACAUUUUAAUUUUGGUACUAUUUGUACUUUUUUAAAUAGUUUUUAGGCACUCUGUAGCACAUAAAGGUGUGUAUUUUCUACAUGUCGUGUUUAGUGUCUGAUAUUUCACCUGGGAGACGUCUACAUUAAAUUUCUGAUCUCAGAGAUAACUUCAUAUGUUGGUUCAAGGACUGCAAUUGAAAAAAAUGCAUCCCUGUACAUUUUUACUCAUCUGUUGGUUUUAUUCACUCCUCUGCCACUAGGAUUUUGUGGCCAAGAAAACAUCUCAAUUAUUUUUCCCCUCUUUGUAUUCAUACAUUUUACUGUUUUGUUUUUUUUUUUUUUAACUUUGUCAAAAAAUAUUAUUUUGUUGCAAGUUUUGGUGUACAUUGCACAUAAAUGUUUUACUGCAAAAUAAACAUAGUUUUGUAUCUAUAAUCUUCCUUCUAGUCCUAUGUAGAGCAUGCACAUAGUAAAUUGUUUUAACAUUUAAUUGCUACAGUAUAUGUGAAAAUUAUCCUGUAUUUUGUUCUGGUAUGUCAGGAAUAUUGUAUAAAUUUGUCUCUCUGCCAAAGGCCCUUGGAACUGUCGGGGUGCACAGCAUCAUGAACCCUGAAAUACUGCAGCAUUCUUUAAAAAUCCAACGAACUAUGAAAAUGUUAGUGCAUUUUAGCCACAUAAUCAUAUUUUCUCAAAUCAAAUAUUCCCUUUGUGCAUCAAAAGAUUAGUUUUAUACAAUAAAAAAUACUUUUUUGCAUAA